AUAAAUUCAUGUCUCAAACUGCACGAUCUGCCUCUCACUAGACUUCAUCUCUCACAGCGCCCUUGAAGAAUUCAACAUGCGGUCUGUUGUCGUUGGAGGGCUGCUCGCUGCCAGCUCCGCUCUCGGAGUUGCUGGCUUCCCGCAUGCACACACCGUCGGAAAGGCCGACGUAUAUGACUACAUUGUCGUAGGCGGAGGGCCUUCUGGUAUUAUCACCGCCGAGCGUCUGGCAGAGGCCAACAAGACAGUCUUACUGCUCGAGCGAGGCCGUGGUCCUACUGUGGCUACGGGUGCCAACGACACGCUUGUUUGGAACAAGAACUUGACCCCGAUUGAUGUGCCAGGUCUGUCUGCCGACAUUGGCAGCCUACCGGAGUGGGAGGAUUACAUCUGUACCGAUACGGAAGGAUAUGCUGCCUGUGUCCUCGGUGGUGGUGUCACUGUCAACUACAUGGUCUUUGUACACCCACCAGACCAUGACUUCAACGACAAGUGGCCUAAGGGCUGGAAAUGGGACGACGUCAAGCCUGCUGCCGAUAGGCUUUACGAGCGCAAUCCGGGAUCUAUCCUGCCCUCCGCGGACGGCAAGCGCUACGACCAAGGGCUCUACACUGUGCUUUCCAACUUCUUCAGCAAUCUUGGCUGGAAGGCUGUCGACAUGAUUUCUCAGCCCAAUGAGAAGCAUCAGGUCUACAGCUACCCUGCUUGGAACAUUCAGGACCAGAAGCGUGCCGGCCCGGUCCGCACUUACCUUCCGCUCGCUGAGAAGCAUAAAAACUUUAACCUCCAGCUUGGUUCCAAGGUGACUCGUGUGCUCCGUUCUGGCAGCCGGAUUACCGGAGUCGAGGUAGAGAAUACUUUCGGUCAGCGAAAGAAUAUUACACUGGCCACCAACGGCAAGGUCGUUCUCUCUGCAGGUGCUCUGUCGACACCACGCAUCCUCUUCAACUCGGGUAUCGGGCCUAAGACUCAGAUUGAGACUGCUCAGAAGAGCGGAGUCGCCGUUCUACCCCGGAACGAAUGGAUCAACCUCCCCGUCGGCAUUGGUCUCAAGGACCACCCCAUCUUCUCCAUCAUUGUCAAGUCCAACGGCACAUACGGCCCCCUUGACUGGACCGGCAUCUACAACGGAACUGACACCGCGGACAUCAACCUCUAUGCGCAGGGUAACGGCGUCCUGACCCAAGGAAAGCACCGGUUGACCUGGUUCUCUUCCAACGUGGUUGAUGGUCGGACCCGUUACUACCAAGGAUCAUGCGCGCCCACCGGCGAGAACGAAUUCACCAUCACAACUUAUAUGACUCACGGUCUCACUUCAUCCGGUGUCCUUGGUUUGGAUGCCGACGGCAAGACCGUCUACGAGAAGACCCCCUGGAUGAACACUGCCGGAGAUCGUGCUGCUGCGAAGCUGUUCAUUCAGGGUCUGGUCGACGAUCUGACCCACCCUUCCACCGGCUUCCAGUUGGAGACCUACACCAAUGUCUCUUCUAUUCUAGGAAGUCUUACGACUGGUAUGCACUACACCACCACCGCUAAGAUGGGCACGGACGAUGGCCGCUAUGGAAACGGCACCUCGGUCGUUGAUACCAACACGAAGGUCUAUGGCACAGAUAACCUGUACAUCGUCGAUGGCAGUAUUCACCCUGACCUCCCUACGGGCAACAUCCAGGCCGCUAUUAUGGUCGUUGCCGAGGCUGCUGUGGCUAAGAUUCUGGCUCAUGAUCACUGAUUUUUGGACUUGAUUGAAGGCGGGGGAGAGGGCUACAUCAGAAAUCAAACAAUCC